CUACUCCUCUUCUUAUCUGCUACAGCAAUUAUAUAUUUCUCCCGAGGCAAUUUUGGCGUGCUCUACUUACCUGCAUCCUAUUUUUCUUUUUCCCUGAAAAAAAUCCUUUUUGUUAAUUGUGAAAAAGAAAGAGCCCAUGUGAACUAGAGAGGCGAAGAAAAGGAGGAAAAAAAAGAGAGAGAUAAAUUGGAGGCUAUAAGCAAGAAACCAUGAGUGCUAGGUAGUUGAAAUCUCCCAAGUUUGUUCGUCUCCUUGUGUGGUGCUAGUCCUUGCAAUCCCUAGUCCGGACCUCACAUGAGCGCUCGUGAGCUAGCGCCGGUGAUAAAAAUUGCAGGUUUUAGAGUUCAAGUCCAAGAAACGGGUUCUAUUCCACCAUGGAGGUGAGGUCCGAGCAAGGGCUGAUGGCGGGGAGGGAUCUGUUCGGUAUGCCGAAGAGCCCGCCGGCGCCGGCGCCGGCGCCUGGGCCGCCGUCGUCCGUAGCCAUGCAGAGUGUGCGGAUGGCGUACACCGCGGACGGCACACCUGUCUUCGCCCCAGUGAGCUCCUCGGCCUUGCCGCCGGUUUACCAGCCGCAAGGCGCGGUCCACGGCGCUAGCAUGUCCGUGGCGGUGGUCGCUGGAGGCAAUGGCGCCGCGGCGUCGGCGGGCAUGGGGGAACCAGUGGCCAAGAAGAAGCGCGGGCGGCCAAGGAAGUACGGGCUCGACGGGUCCAUGUCGCUGGCAUUGGUGCCUGCGGCUACAGGGUCGCCGGCGAUGACACAGGGUUCUUCUGGGCCGUUCUCACCGGAGGGGUUGAAUCCGGCGAACCCUUUGACGGUGGUGUCGCCGGACGGAAUGAAGAAGCGGGGCCGGCCUAAGGGGUCUACCAACAAGCCGCGCAUUGAUGCUAUCAGGUCAUCAGGAGUUGGAUUUACACCUCAUGUUAUUACAGUUCAAGCUGGGGAGGAUGUGUCAGCAAAGAUUAUGUCGUUUUCUCAGCAUGGAACACGUGCAGUUUGCGUUCUCUCAGCAAAUGGUGCCAUAUCAAAUGUAACACUUCGCCAGACUGCUACUUCAGGUGGAACCGUAACAUACGAGGGUCGAUUCGAGAUACUAUCACUGUCUGGGUCAUUCCUUCUAACGGAGAAUGGAGGCCAGCAUAGUCGAACCGGAGGGCUCAGUGUGUCACUGGCUGGUCCUGAUGGUCGUCUCUUGGGUGGUGGAGUUGCAGGUCUUCUCAUAGCAGCUUCGCCAAUUCAGAUAGUAGUGGGAAGCUUCAAUGCUGAUGGAAAAAGAGAGCGAAAACAGCAUGCUCCUUCAGACCCCUCAUCGGCACCACUGAAGGUCGCUCCGACCACCGGGAUGGGGCCCAACAGCCCCCCUUCAAGAGGUACAUUGAGCGAAUCAUCUGGUGGCGCUGGAAGCCCACGACCACUGCAUCAAGGCAUGGCUUCCUGCAGCAAUAACCAACCGCCAAUCCUGUCUAGCAUGCCGUGGAAAUGAGCUCUGCAUCCUUGACCGAAUCCGACUCCAUAUACCGUUUGCAAACUGCCUCCCGGGCAGAAAAGGAGCAAUUUGCGCUUCAGUGGCGCUCAUUCUCUGACUAGCUGCUAUGCAGUGUAAAUCUGAAGCUUAAUUAGGGAGAGGAUUGUAGCUGGUAAGUCUGUAGCUUUAUCGUAGGUUUCAGCCUGAAUUCCUGUGCUAGGUAGCUGUUUAUUGUUAUCUCGAGAUUAUGUAUUGAGAUAUGACCAUGUGAUCCUAACAGCGUUAUCGAAUAUUGUUAGUCUUAUGUUCUACCAAGUUGAGUAAAGAAACCAGGAUAUAUUGCC